GCGUAUCAGUGAGUGUAUGUGGGUCUCUCUCUUACACUCACACACUCGCCGCUCCUCCUCCUACUCUUCUUGGGAUCCCCGUGUCCCUUUCCUCGGUGGCAGGCUCCCCACACCCAGCAGUCACCAUUUCCGCCCCAGGGAGAGCCACGCUGGCAGCACAGCCCCUUCCCCGACUCAGCAUCGGGAGGAAGACCCUGGUGGCGGCUGCCGUCGGGGUCAUGCUGGUCCUGGUGCUGGUGGUCCUCAUCCCCGUCCUGGUCAGCUCCGUGGGCACCGACACCAGCCACUUUGAAAUGCUGGGUACCUGCCGCAUGGUGUGCGACCCCUACCUGAACAAGGGMACCACGGCCAGCAGCACCAGCUCCAGUGGCAUCCAGGCGGAGGCCGAGGCCCUCAGCGACAACAGCAACAUGCCCUCCACGCUGGUGCAGGGCCCCCAGGGCAAGCAAGGCAGGCCAGGUAAACCUGGACUCCCGGGACCRCCUGGASAGCCAGGGCCACCGGGGCCAGUGGGACCCCCUGGAGACCGAGGGUCUGGAGGGAGGACUGGGAUUUUGGGGUUGGGGGGGAACGGAGCUAUCAGCACKGCCACCUACAGCACAGUGCCACGGGUGGCCUUUUACGCAGGGCUUAAGAACCCCCAUGAAGGCUAUGAGAUCCUCAAGUUUGACGACGUGGUCACCAACUUGGGAAACAACUACGACGGCAUCUCAGGCAAGUUCAUCUGCAGCAUCCCUGGUACCUACUUCUUCAUCUACCAUGUGCUGAUGAGAGGAGGGGAUGGGACCAGUAUGUGGGCAGACCUCUGCAAAAACGAACAGGUGCGAGCCAGUGCCAUCGCCCAGGACGCUGACCAGAACUAUGACUACGCCUCCAAUAGCGUCAUCCUCCACCUAGACGCAGGCGACGAGGUCUAUAUCAAGCUGGACGGGGGCAAGGCUCACGGCGGCAACAACAACAAAUACAGCACCUUCUCUGGGUUCAUCCUCUACGCCGACUGAACCCACGCAGGUGGCACGUCCAGAGAGAGAAAGACAAGAAAGUAAGAGAUU